GUUUCCUUCUAUUAUUAUUAUUAUUAUUAUUAUUUAAUUGAAAUAAAAGAAUUGCUGUGUUAGAAGGAAGAAAGAAAGAGAACAUUAAUCACUCUAAUACUUUUUUUUCCUUUCAAAUUCUCUUUUAAGAACAUAGAGUUAAAUACAUUUGUUUUAGAGGAACAAUUUUUUCCUCGUUUGUUUUGCUUUUUAGUUAUAAAAUUCGAUUUUACUUUUUGUUCAUAAGAUCUGGCCAUUCAUUUAUAAAUCGUAAGUAAAAAAAAGUCUCAGAUUUUGGGUAUUUUGGGUUCUUACUAAUACGAGCAGAAGAGAUGUCCUACGCUUACCUCUUCAAGUACAUUAUCAUUGGCGAUACUGGAGUUGGAAAAUCAUGUCUUCUUUUGCAAUUCACCGACAAACGGUUUCAGCCUGUUCAUGAUUUAACCAUUGGUGUUGAAUUUGGAGCCAGAAUGAUCACUAUUGAGAACAAGCCAAUAAAGCUUCAGAUAUGGGAUACGGCAGGCCAAGAAUCAUUCAGAUCUAUUACAAGGUCUUACUACCGUGGAGCUGCUGGUGCACUUUUAGUUUACGAUAUUACUAGGAGGGAGACUUUUAAUCACUUGACUAGCUGGUUGGAGGAAGCAAGGCAGCAUGCAAAUGCAAACAUGACUGUCAUGCUUAUUGGCAACAAGUGUGAUUUGUCUCAUAGAAGGGCAGUGAGCACAGAGGAAGGUGAGCAGUUUGCCAGGGAGCACGGACUGAUAUUCAUGGAGGCUUCUGCAAAAACGGCUCAAAAUGUUGAAGAGGCAUUUCUAAGCACAGCUUCGAAAAUCUACAAGAAAAUCCAGGAUGGAGUUAUUGACAUAUCAAAUGAGUCUUAUGGCAUAAAAAUUGGACAUUUAAGUCAAGCAUCUUCAUUUGGCGGUAGAGAUGGUAGUGCUUCUCAACCAGGCGGCUGCUGCAGCUGAAUAUAAAGAUGAUUGCUGAGACUGUCCUAUGUGAUUUGUUUGUGGAUUUGAUAGGUUUGUUGUACUUCUGCUGUUGGACACUUUUUCCUCGUAUUGUUUUUACAAUAAUCAUCCAUAGGUUUUAUUAUUAGAUUUAUACAUUUAAUUUAUUUCUUUCUACAUAUGUUUUUUUUUUCUUGCUGUGGAGAAUAACAAUUGAGAUUAACAUUUUUUAUUAAUUUCCACAAAUAUUUGUUUAAAUAUACCAACAUAUAGAUAUUCACUGAUUAA